UUUGCAUUUUUUUGUGCCAAAGAACGACAGAGGGUAGCUGUACAAAAGUGGCCAUCAUUUGAUAACCAUUUUACUUCUGACAUAUACCAGUUUAAUGUAGAUUCGGAAAUUCAAUUUGUCUUUGUUACUGGAAACGGAUUGAUUAUUGGAUGAUGUCACAGACGAUACUUUCUUUAGGGUAGUGGGACUACUCGUGAGUCGUGUGAUAUUUCUCCGAUCAGAUGGUUGUCAUGAAAUCCUGCGGCUUAGAGUUGAUCGGGACCAGACCGCCGUCCGUUACUGAAUCCCGGGCGAGUUCUGCUUUGGGAAAACAUCAUGGCUAUCACUCCAUCUCGAACUCUUCGAACGUGGACGAAACUCUCUUCAAGUCGCACACACCCAGCAAGCUGGAAGAGACAGUCAGCUUCAAACCGCCCUGGGCUUACAAGAAGAGAGACAUCUGGGACGUGACUAACAAUGAACUGAAAAGCGACAAGAAGGGACGGCCCCUUUUGUGGUCGCCCGAUCCGCACGUCAGUCUAGACGGAAGUGUGACGUCGUCGUUUGCGCGUAGAAAGACGACGGGCAGUGGACCGUUGUCCAAUAAUAAGCUUGCGCGGUCGAAACAUAAUCCGACGUUUGUGGACGAAACGUUGUUUGGACCGAGAUUGAAGCCACCGAGUUUUGAGGCCCCUUGGGGAGACAAGGAGAAAAGACCCAGGCCCCAUAUUUUUGUUCCGGUGGACUUGUAUAUGGGAGGGACGAUCCAGCCAGAAGGCAGUCUCAAAAGGGAUAGGAAGAUAUACAAAACGAGGUCAAGGCCGUCUUCUGGUCGAGCGUCGAGGUCAGGGUCUGCGACCGGAGAACGCCCUAUUUGGAAGCCUUAACUAGGUCGACACUAGCUGCCUUAUCUAAGUCCUCGAAGCAGGGAGGACAGGCCUGGUGCUUAUACAACGUUUAGAGUCUAGACUCGAGACUAACAGAGUCUGAGGCAGUAACGUCAGGGGUCUAGCUUCCAUAUACGCAGGUACGCAGCUGCGUACCACCUGAGAUUACAAAUAUUUUUUUAAAUUAAAAUAUAUGAUGUACAUGCGUGUAUGCUCUAUGUUUUAUUCCAUCGGCGAAAAAGUCUGUGUACCAGCUGAAAAUCCAAAACUAGGCCCCUGAACGUCAUGUUAACGCCAUACAAAUUGCAUGCGUGUGACGUCAUUUGAGAUUAAGUCUGGACUCUUAAACGUUUUAUAAGCACAGGCCCUAAGUCUUAAAUGGAUUGACGUGGCCUUAAUUAAGCUAUUAGAAGCAGCAAUGGGGGGGGGGGGGGGGGGGGAGGGGGGGAUGAGUUGAAAAGUCAGAAUUCGUCGUUGCCUUUAGACACUGAAAGAAGGGGCUAAACUUUGUGGUUCCAUUUAAAAAACAGUGACUUGUACAGAAUAUUUUCGUUUGCGGUGCUUGUGGAGUCUUAAGUUGCAGAAUAACCAUGGGCUGUGUAAUAUGUGAAAAAGAGGCCAAGUUAAUUCAGCAUUCUAUUUCGUCAUGUGUUUUGUGGCCUUAGAAAUAAGAGAUUCACAUGCUGUAACAUUGUUUAAAGUCCUCUGGACUACAUCGUUCGCAGAGAUACAAUUUGGUGUGCUAACGUUUUCAUUUUCGCUGUUCUCCCUCAUGCGGACUGUAUAAAGACAUCUGUUAUGUGGAUCUUCGUGAGAAGAGUUUUAUAAGUCGUAUUAGUCCCCUACCGGUCCAACCGGAGGGGACUGUAGGUUUCUUAUCUGUCCGUCUGUCCGUCUGUCAGUCCCACAUAUAGUUUUUCGGAUGUUUUUUCGGAAUGCCUUGAGAUAUUGAGCUGAAUUUUUGUGUAUAGCUUUAUCAUGUUCUGUUACAGAUCAAGUUUGACUUUCAUGGUAAUUUACACCCAUUUUUACAGAGUCGUGGCCCUUGAACUUGUUUUGCAAUGCCUGAAAAUAUUGAGAUGAAAUUUUGUAUAUUAUAAUAUAAAGAUAUUAUCUUUAUCAUGUUUUGUUACAAAUAAGUUUGGCUUUCGUGAAAAUGUACCCAUUUUUUUUACAGAGUUAUGGCCCUUGAACGUAGGAGAUACGAAAAUUUGUUGGGCCCUGUAGAGGACAUGUAUUAUUUUAGCAAUACUCUUAGAAUACUUGUUACAUCUUGGAAAAAAACAAAAGAGAAAUUAAAUCUUUUAAA